AUGGACCUUGAACCUAUGGAAGUUGAUCUACAGGCUGCAGUUGCUGCUGAAGAGGAAUGUUACCUGCUUACAGCUGUUGCUGUUGUCAUUCAGCAAGAAGAGAGUAAGAAGGAGGAAGAAAAGAAGAAGAGAAGACCCAAGAGAAUCUGGAUGCACAAGUGGUUGCAAGACAGGCCAAAGUAUGGAUGGUACGAGAAGUUGUUAGGUUACCUUUUUCAAGGUAACAUCACCAGGUACAAGAACUUUCUUAGAAUGGACCCAGACCGUUUCCAUGAGUUGGUGGUGAGACUCACUCCAAGAAUACAGAAGCAAGAUAUGAACAUGAGAAGAUGCUUGGACUCUGGGCUCAAGGUUGCCAUUACCUUGAGAUAUCUGGCCACUGGUGACUCAUACAUGUCCAUGGCCUAUGGUUUCUGGGUUGCUCCUAACACCAUCUGCAGUGUAGUGCCUGAAGUAUGUCAAGCUAUCUACGAUGAGUUCCAUGAAGAGUUGAUCAAGUGUCCCAGUAGCCCUGAUGAGUGGAGAGAAGUGGCCAAGGGAUUUGCUGAUGGAUGGAACUUCCACAACUGUAUUGGGGCAAUUGAUGGCAAGCAUGUGAAGAUCCAAGCACCUGCCAAUAGUGGGAGUCUCUAUUACAAUUACAAGGGAAUUUUCUCUAUUGUUUUGAUGGCAGUGGUUGAUUCCCAGUACAAGUUGCUCUACAUAGAUGUUGGUGCCAAUGGAAGCUGUUCUGAUGGGGGAGUAUUCAAGGGCACUAGUCUGUACAAGGCCCUUGACCAGGGGAAGGCUGGCCUGCCACCUCCAGAGUCACUACCCAACAGCCAGGUGCCUGUUCAUUAUAACCUAGUUGCAGAUGCUGCCUUUGCACAGAAGAGUUGGCUUGUGAAGCCCUUCUCCCAGAGGAACUUGACCAAACAGAUGAGGAUCUUCAAUUACAGGCUGUCAAGGGCCAGAAAUCCAGUGGAGAAUACAUUUGGUAUUCUGGCCCAGCGCUUCAGGUGCCUUCUUGGUACAAUCUUGGUGAUACCAGACAGCUAUCAAGAUCGUGUUGGCAUGCUGUUGCCUGCACAACCUGCUGGUAGAGAGGAAACCUCAGAAAGUGCAGAGGAGAGUGGACUUUGA